CUGAGCUACAAGUUACUUAAACACCAACCUGAACCAGCUGCACCUGUUUACGAGCUGGAAGAGGUCGAGAACGGUCUGACACUGGAAAAUGUCCCUUGUGAAUUUAAGCAGUGUCAAGUAAAUUCUCGGUGUGGGGGAAAAACAGAAAGUCUGGGACCCGAGGAAUUCCUCACAAGGAACUGCAAAUCCCAGGAAGUCGCACUGUGACUGCUGCUGACAAUUGCUCUCUCCUGCUUCAUUGAUGCUUGACGCCGCCAAUCGUCUUGAGAAACGGGUCGCACUGCGUACGGAGAGGCCAAUGAAAUACCUCUGAAGGAGGGAAUAAAGUUUCAGGAGACGUCACAGCCCGAGCCGCAGUCUUGCCUGGCACAACCGGGAGCGGGGUUUUCGGCCUGGGGAUCUGACAUUGGCACGGAAAGUGCAGGUGGAAUUGGCUACAGGAUCAUGGCCUCGGCAGCCACUUUGGACCCAGACGUGGUGAGAGAGGUCUUGGAGUGCCCCAUCUGCCUGGAGACCUUCAACCGGGAGCAGCUGCGCCCCAAACUCCUGCAGUGCGGGCACACGGUUUGCAGGCUCUGCCUGGAGAAGCUGCUGGCGAGCACCAUCAACGGGGUGCGCUGCCCCUUCUGCAGCAAAGUCUCCCGCAUGAGCAGCAUCUCCCAGCUGGCGGACAACUUGACCGUGCUGAAAAUCAUCGACUGCGCCAGCUCCGGCUCGGCGACCAGCCUGAUGUGCAAAGGCUGCAAGAACCGGCUGCCCAGGCAGUACUGCAAGGACUGCGGCCUGGUGCUCUGCGAUGCCUGUAAAGCAGAAGGGCACCAGCACCAAGGGCACAUAGUCCUGACUGUCCGCUCAGCUGCAGAGCAGCGGAGGAAAGAGGUGGGCGCCAAGCUCGCCAUCUUGCGGGAGACGAUGGGGAAUAUCCAGAAGAAAAAGGCCAUGAUCGACGGCAUCUCGAAGUCCCUGCGGCUGAAAUACAAGGCCGUGCAGCAGGAGUACGCCAAAGCGGAGCUCAGGCUCCAGGAGGAGCUGACGAAGUCCCGCAAGGCCUUCGCCUCCUCGCUGAGCGAAAUCGAAAAGCUCAACACCCAGAUCCUGGAGGAGCACACCUACCUGCUGAACAUCGCCGAGGUCCAGGUGGUGUCCCGCUGCGACUAUCUCACGAUGAAGAUCAAGCAGGCCGACAUCGCUCUGCUGGAGGAGGCCGGCGACGACGAGGAGCUGGACUUGAAAAGCAACCUGCCCGCGCUUUUGAAGCUGCAGGAUCCGGAGCUGGCGAAGGUCGAACGUUCGGAGCCUCUGGACGUGGGGCAGGUGGUGAGCAAGCAGUGUACCGUCGACACAGACGAAGGCUCCCAUGACAUAGCUGCGCUGUCGCUGGAUGUGUACCGUGACGUCGACAUGGCGACGGAGGAGGCUGCCUGUGCGUCGCCUAGCAUCAAACCCAAGCCAGUGGAAGCGGCGGCUGCUGGAUCCCACCUGUGUCAGUUCAUUAAGAAAAUGGGCUGCAAGGGGAACCUGCCAGGAAUGUUCAACCUCCCGGUGAGCAUAUGUGCCACCAUGCAGGGAGAGGUGCUGGUGGCUGACCGGGGGAAUUACAGGAUUCAGAUCUUCAACCGCAAGGGCUUCCAAAAGGAAAUACGCCGGAACCCCAGUAGCAUUGACAAUUUCGUCCUCAGCUUUCUAGGUGCGGAGCUUCCCAAUCUUAUCCCGCUGUCGAUAGCCAUCACACCUCAGGGCUUAAUUGGAGUGACGGACAACUAUGAUAAUUCAGUGAAGGUGUAUACAAUCGACGGGCACUGCAUUGCCUGCCACAAGAACCAGCUGAUCAAGCCCUGGGGGAUCGCCGCCAUGCCCUCAGGACAGUUUGUAGUGUCGGAUGUAGAGGGGGGAAAACUGUGGUGUCUCGCGGUAGACCGGAAUGUUGGGGUGGUGAACUAUAACCGGCUGUGUUCGGCUGUGCGCCCAAAGUUUGUCACGUGCGACACCAGCGGGACGGUGUAUUUCACUCAGGGGCUGGGGCUCAACAUCGAGAACCGGCACAACGAGCACCACCUGGAAGGAGGCUUCUCCAUUGGGUCGGUGGGCACUGACGGGCAGCUGGGCAAACAGCUCAGCCACUUCUUUUCCGAGACGGAGGAUUUCCGUUGCAUAACCGGAAUGUGCGUUGAUUCCAAUGGGGACCUCCUGGUGGCAGACAGCGGCCGGAAGGAAGUCCUGCAGUUCCCCAAGGAUGGGGGUUUCAACGUUCUUAUACGGGAAGGGCUUACGUGCCCAGUGGGCGUUGCCGUGACUCCAAAAGGGCAGCUGUUGGUGCUGGACUGCUGGGACCACUGUGUGAAGGUGUACAACUACUUGCAGAGAAGGCGUUCAUCAACCUGUUAGGAUCGCAGUCACUUUGGUCCGCUUCCUCAUGGGAAUUCAUAGCGAUAGGAGACGCAUUUGCAAUUCAGGCACCUCUGCUGCUUUUCGGUAGCACAGCAAGCAAUACAAAUGGGUGUUUUUUUGAGAAAACAGGUUUGUUAUAUUUAAAAACCCAAUUUUUACAUCCAUCGGUCCCAUUUUAACGGCUCAUUUCCAAUGAGAUUACUGUUAAGAUAGAUUCAUUCUUUGUCAAAUCAGCCAUAACGAUUUUGCUUAUACCGUGUGUAAAAGAAGAUUUACAUUUGAAGAUUUGCUGAAAUACCUCCUUUUAUUGGAGUAGGCAGGGAGCGAUACUUUAAAAACCUUUAGGGUUGUCAUUGAGGAUCAAAAAGGGAUAUGUAGAAAGUGAGAACCAUUAUGAAUAUAUAUGUAAUGGUAUCCAGGCAGAUCUGCUCUAAAAGUCAUCACAAAUAACUACAACUGCUUCUGGUGUACCUAGGGGCCUUACAACUGAAAUAAAUACCCAAUUGACAAUCUCUAAGAGAUUUUGUACAUGCUUGCCUAAAGUAAAGGAAAUAUCACUAUAAAAUGAACAUAAUGCACAAUAUUAGGAGUUAGACUUGAGUUUAAACCAAACGAAACAUAAAUAAAUACUGUAUAUAACAACAAAAUCAUAAAGGGUGAGUAAUUUGUUUAUGCAAGUGGUUUGUCACAGGGAUACAGUGGUCCUCAUAUUUUCAUUCUGGAAGAUAUUCUGAAAGAUUUGAGGCAAGUGUUCUUAUCAUAGGAUCACAAACUCUUCCUAAUCCAAUAAUCCAUGCACUAGGGCCAACAGUUAUCAUGUAUAGCAGCAAUUAUCAAGCCUGGUUUCAAGGCAGCAUUGUGGAGCAUGAUGGCAAAAAUCGAGAUGUUUCACCUACUGACAACUCUAUCCUUCAGUUCAUUCCUAUGGUCAAUGCAGACAGAUAUUGUAUAAAAGAUAUUAGGCUAUAUGCUUUUACCAUCGAUCAAGGAAUGGAAGGCAGGAUUGGUUUGAUGAAACACUGGCCGAGAUGCAAUGGUACACAACCAUUUAGCAAAAUCACCUUCUGGCAAAGCUCAAGCUGAGUUGACACCGAAUGACCAUUUUAUUUGGGAGGUGUUCUGUGACAUCUAAAUUAAAAUAUCAGCUAACUGUUAGAUUUGAUUUGCUGCACAUUGACAUGCACACAUUACUGUAGAUCCUCAAUGUAGCACCCCCUAUUUAAAAAAAAUGUAUGAUUCAAAUUGUCUUUAUAACAAUAUUACAUUUGGAAUAAAGCCAUUCCACAACUACUUGAGUGAAAUACAGGGAACUUUAUUAUCGGCUCUUCAGUAAAAUAAUUGAGCUGCCAUUUCAUUUUUUGAUGAAUGGCUUCUCUCGUGCUCUAUGUGCUCUAAAUAAACAAAAAUCCUUUAAUUUCCUAGUGAAAAAAAUAAUUAUUUAUUAUCAAGAGCCAAGGAUUACAAAAUAUAGUAUUAAUACAUUUGUCUCUGAGUGAUUCUUUUUUAAAAUAUAUUUUAUGACUGUUAAAAUGGACUGAUUCAUUUUUUAUACAGUAUGAAACCAUAAAUAUAACACACUUUAUAACUGUAUAUCGUCUGUAUAGUGAGCUUUAUGAUGACCACAUACCAUACCAACACCUUAGUCAUUUGUACAGUAGGAUUUACUUUGAACAUGGCGAUUGAUGUUAAGUGUCAUUGUGUUUACGUAUAGUCUCCGAAUAGAGGAAGAUACUGCAUAAAGACUAACAAUGAGAAUUCACCUAGUGAUUUUUACUUAGUUUGCUUGGUAAAUUGUAAAAUCUGUUUCAUUUAAAUAUACUGUAGGUUUUCAGGCUCCUGUAUAAAAUACAAGGUAAAAGUUCACUCACCUUUACUGGUAAUUUAUUCUACAGUAUGUGUGUUAUUGAACUUGGGUAUGCCUUUGGAGUCUUCUAAUAUAAAACAUAUUUUCUAAGUUGUUUUGCUAGCCAAAGUGUCUGAAAACCCUGUGUUAUAUUUAUUCUGAUCACAAAAGUUAUCAAUCACUGUCAAUUACCUGUUGUUUUACGUGUAAAUGUUAUCUUGCCAUAAGGCAUUGCUGUUAUGUUACUGCAGUCAAUGUUCUGUGUAACAUGAUUCCAUUCACUUGUUUGUAUUAAUAAAUACCUACUGAGUGCAAUAAAUCUUAAACUGCA